AUGCACUUAUAACGUUGGUUGCGACCAGCUAUAAAAUGAAGAAGAGAAAGAAGCAGCAGCAGUGAAACGGACCAGGAAAAGAAAUACAACAAGAGCAGCGACAUUUUUAAACCAUGUUGUGUUCAUAAGUUCACGCUCUUUUGAAAAGUAACACGCUAAUUGCUUGUUAAGUUCUGGAGGACGAACGGACAGUUUUAACGGUUGCCACCGCUUUCGAUUUGACAGCUAAAAGUUAAAAUUAGCUGUGUCGACCAGAAUGGACUCAUGGCUUCGCUUCAACUCGCAGAGUCAAGCCAAGGAGAAAAUGAUUCGGGCGGCUCAGUAUGCUUGCACACUGCUAGGAUACACACUACACAAAGGUGGCGCUGCAGCUCAACUUGCCCAGACUGUGGGCCAGCUGGAAGCUCACUUGAGCCUGACGAGAAAGCUACUGCGUUUGGGGAACUCUGUGGAGGCCGUGGAAGCUGCGAAGAGGAGCGUCCACCUUUCCGACGGCGUGCUGAGGUUGUGCAUCACCGUCAGCCACUUGAACAGAGCCAUGUACUUUGCCUGUGACAACGUCCUGUGGGCCGGAAAGAUGGGCGUCGUCUCCAAAGUGGACCAGCACAAGUGGAGCCAGAGAUCUUUUAAGUACUACUUGUUUGCGCUCAUCCUCAACCUGACUCGAGACGUGUACGAGCUCCAUCUUCUGAUGGAGCGUGAAGCACGGCAGAGAGCAGCUAAAUUUCCUCCAUCGCGAGACCCUAGCCCCGACCUGUCCUCACCUGCAGUCGCAGCCUCCGUUGCCCUGCCAUACCUGUUGACAUGUUUGCACAGACGGCUCCACCUGCUGGCCACAGUACUGCACAACAACCCGCCGCUGCUGCUCGACCUCUUGAGGAACACGUGCGACAUCUUCAUCCCUCUGGACCGCCUGGGGAUGUACCCUACUGGGAGGGGCUUUGUGGGCGUCUGUGGGCUGGCGUCCUCAGUCUUCUCCAUCCUCACCAUCCUGCAUCCUUGGCUUAAACUCAAACCAUGAAGUCAACACGAGAACUCUCCUGAGGUUUCUGGUUUUGGAUCUAGACUCUUGUCCUCAGGAGCAAAGGUCACACUGCAAACAGAACUAACAGUUUUCGCUUCUUUUACCUAUAAAAUGUAUGCACUGAUUUUUAUAUGUAAUGCAGAAAUUUAAUGUACCUUCAUUGUGUACCAUGGACGUUUAAUGUUCAUUUACUCACAAUAUGGCAAAUGUCGGAUCAUAAUUCUUGUGCUUUUUACAGUUCCCCUGUAUAAAGUGUGUCCAAAACGGCGACGGCAUGUUUAUCUGCAUAAUCAUAUUACAUUAACAAUUAAAGUAUUAGAUGUUGCAAUAAUGUACUUUGUAACCAAUAAAGCUAAACGUCUUUGGUCAAAUGUCAUAGCAUAUAUUGACUUAAAUUGGAUUGCUGUUACAAGUCUAAAUUCUACAAAAUGUAUCCAUUUAAAUUUUCUGAAUGCUUGGUGCAAAGUUUGGACACCUUACUGUUAUAAAAUGGAUUUUGUCAGUAACAUUUGAGCCUUGGUAGGUCUAACUGAAAGUAUAACUUCCUUUUUCUGUGUAUGUUUAUAUUGACUGGACCUAAUUGCCAUCUUUUUAAACCAAAUGACUGAUAAGAAUAUCAUUAAAAACAGAAAUUUAUUUGAGAACAGAUUCAAAUAAAAAAAACAUACAAAUCCACAA